UUCGAAUCAACAACGGCGAAGUCAAUCUAGACAACCUCCUCGACAACAACGACAACCACGCAGAAAUGGAUCAAGGCAAAUUCAAUUAAAUGAUUUUAUAUCAGCCCAAUUGCGUGAUCGUUCAUCAUCUAUAGCGAAUCUACCUGAAGAAUUUGAGGCGUUUAACAGUACAACAAAUGUAAAUAAUGUACCAAUUGAUGCAUUACCUCAACGAGCCAUAUUCGCAAGAACAACACCAGCAGAUUCAACACAACCAUUCAAUGUUGUUAAUGUUGUUAAUGAUGAU